GGGCAUUAGGGUGUCUGUGUGUUUGCGUCAGGGAAGCCUGGCUGUUUAAAAAUAGCCAGAGCCUCGCGAACCAGCUGAGCGGCAGCGAACCAGCUGAGCAGCGGGGACAGCAGAGCAGCUCACAGCAGGAGUUUGCCUGGGAGUUCGCCUGCAGUGAGCCCAGUGAGGCUUACAUCUUGCAAACGUCUCUGAGGAAGCUCAUAGUAGGACAGAAGUGACUUUGUCUGCACAAAGUGCAAGAUGGUCUCCAUAUUGGAAGAGAAGAUUGAAGGUCUGGAGCAACAGAUAACGACCCUGCGUUGUAUACGAGAAACUGAGGAUUUUCUGGACAAAACUCAGGAUAGGCUUCUAGGGGCACAAAGCUCUAAAGAUAUAGAGCAGGUUGCACAGAGGAGCCAAGAGGCCAGUGAAGAAGCUUGGCAACAUGUGACCUCCAGAAGAGGUAAGCGGAAUGUCCGGGUUCCAGUAACACAGACACAGGUAACUAACCGCUUUCAUGUUCUCUCCACAGGUACCAUUGCGGAGAGUGGACCAGAUGAUAUGUCUGGGGGGAGAAAGCAGAAGGAGACUCCGCUGGUUGGAAGGCAUGAGAUGCGAUGUCCUGAGGUUGGGGGUUCCACGACCACCACUCCCAAGAGGAGAAGGCGGGAGGUGGUGGUCGGGGACUCUCUCCUCCGGGGGACUGAGUCAUCUAUCUGCCGCCCUGACCGGGAAAACCGAGAAGUCUGCUGCUUGCCAGGGGCUAAGAUUCGCGAUGUGACGGAGAGACUGCCGAGACUCAUCAAGCCCUCGGAUCGCUACCCCUUCCUGCUUCUCCACGUGGGCACCAAUGAUACUGCCAAGAAUGACCUUGAGCGGAUCACUGCGGACUACGUGGCUCUGGGAAGAAGGAUAAAGGAGUUGGAGGCGCAAGUGGUGUUCUCGUCCAUCCUCCCCGUGGAAGGAAAAGGCCUGGGUAGGGACCGUCGAAUCGUGGAAGUCAACGAAUGGCUACGCAGGUGGUGUCGGAGAGAAGGCUUUGGAUUCUUUGACCAUGGGAUGGUGUUCCAUGAAGGAGGAGUGCUGGGCAGAGACGGGCUCCAUCUUACGAAGAGAGGGAAGAGCAUCUUUGCCAGCAGGCUGGCUAACCUAGUGAGGAGGGCUUUAAACUAGGUUCACCGGGGGAAGGAGACCAAAGCCCUGAGGUAAGUGGGAAAGCGGGAUACCGGGAGGAAGCACAGGCAGGAAUGUCUGUGAGGGGGGGCUCCUGCCUCAUACUGAGAAUGAGGGGCGAUCACAGGUUAUCUCAAGUGCUUGUAUACAAAUGCACAAAGCCUUGGAAACAAGCAGGGAGAACUGGAGGUCCUGGUGAUGUCAAGGAACUAUGACGUGAUUGGAAUAACAGAGACUUGGUGGGAUAACUCACAUGACUGGAGUACAGUCAUGGAUGGUUAUAAACUGUUCAGGAAGGACAGGCAGGGCAGAAAAGGUGGGGGAGUAGCACUGUAUGUAAGGGAGCAGUAUGACUGCUCAGAGCUCCGGUACGAAACUGUGGAAAAACCUGAGUGUCUCUGGAUUAAGUUUAGAAGUGUGUGCAACAAGAGUGAUGUAGUGGUGGGAGUCUGCUAUAGACCACCGGACCAGGGGGAUGAGGUGGAUGAGGCUUUCUUCCGGCAACUCACGGAAGCUACUAGAUCGCAUGCCCUGAUUCUCAUGGGUGACUUUAAUUUUCCUGAUAUCUGCUGGGAGAGCAAUACAGCGGUGCAUAGACAAUCCAGGAAGUUUUUGGAAAGCGUAGGGGACAAUUUCCUGGCGCAAGUGCUAGGGGAGCCAACUAGGGGGGGCGCUUUUCUUGACCUGCUGCUCACAAACCGGGUAGAAUUAGUGGGGGAAGCAAAAGUGGAUGGGAAUCUGGGAGGCAGUGACCAUGAGUUGGUUGAGUUCAGGAUCCUGACGCAGGGAAGAAAGGUAAGCAGCAGGAUACGGACCCUGGACUUCAGGAAAGCAGACUUCGACUCCCUCAGGGAACAGAUGGCCAGGAUCCCCUGGGGGACUAACAUGAAGGGGAAGGGAGUCCAGGAGAGCUGGCUGUAUUUCAAGGAAUCCCUGUUGAGGUUACAGGGACAAACCAUCCCGAUGAGUCGAAAGAAUAGUAAAUAUGGCAGGCGACCAGCUUGGCUUAAUGGUGAAAUCCUAGCGGAUCUUAAACAUAAAAAAGAAGCUUACAAGAAGUGGAAGGUUGGACAUAUGACCAGGGAAGAGUAUAAAAAUAUUGCUCGGGCAUGUAGGAAAGAUAUCAGGAGGGCCAAAUCGCACCUGAGCUGCAGCUAGCAAGAGAUGUCAAGAGUAACAAGAAGGGUUUCUUCAGGUAUGUUGGCAACAAGAAGAAAGCCAAGGAAAGUGUGGGCCCCUUACUGAAUGAGGGAGGCAACCUAGUGACAGAGGAUGUGGAAAAAGCUAAUGUACUCAAUGCUUUUUUUGCCUCUGUUUUCACUAACAAGGUCAGCUCCCAGACUGCUGCGCUGGGCAUCACAAAAUGGGGAAGAGAUGGCCAGCCCUCUGUGGAGAUAGAGGUGGUUAGGGACUAUUUAGAAAAGCUGGACGUGCACAAGUCCAUGGGGCCGGACGAGUUGCAUCCGAGAGUGCUGAAGGAAUUGGCGGCUGUGAUUGCAGAGCCCUUGGCCAUUAUCUUUGAAAACUCGUGGCGAACGGGGGAAGUCCCGGAUGACUGGAAAAAGGCUAAUGUAGUGCCAAUCUUUAAAAAAGGGAAGAAGGAGGAUCCUGGGAACUACAGGCCAGUCAGCCUCACCUCAGUCCCUGGAAAAAUCAUGGAGCAGGUCCUCAAAGAAUCAAUCCUGAAGCACUUACAUGAGAGGAAAGUGAUCAGGAACAGUCAGCAUGGAUUCACCAAGGGAAGGUCAUGCCUGACUAAUCUAAUCGCCUUUUAUGAUGAGAUUACUGGUUCUGUGGAUGAAGGGAAAGCAGUGGAUGUAUUGUUUCUUGACUUUAGCAAAGCUUUUGACACGGUCUCCCACAGUAUUCUUGUCAGCAAGUUAAGGAAGUAUGGGCUGGAUGAAUGCACUAUAAGGUGGGUAGAAAGCUGGCUAGAUUGUCGGGCUCAACGGGUAGUGAUCAAUGGCUCCAUGUCUAGUUGGCAGCCGGUGUCAAGUGGAGUGCCCCAGGGGUCGGUCCUGGGGCCGGUUUUGUUCAAUAUCUUCAUAAAUGAUCUGGAGAUGACCAGUCCAGGAUAAAGAGGAUUGGAGGAUGGUGUGGAUUGCACUCUCAGCAAAUUUGCGGAUGAUACUAAAUGGGAGGAGUGGAGAUGGUAGAUACGCUGGAGGGGAGGGAUAGGAUACAGAAGGACCUAGACAAAUUGGAGGUUUGGGCCAAAAGAAAUCUGAUGAGGUUCAAUAAGGAUAAGUGCAGGGUCCUACACUUAGGAUGGAAGAAUCCAAUGCACCGCUACAGACUAGGGACCGAAUGGCUAGGUAGCAGUUCUGCGGAAAAGGACCUAGGGGUGACAGUGGACAAGAAGCUGGAUAUGAGUCAGCAGUGUGCCCUUGUUGCCAAGAAGGCCAAUGGCAUUUUGGGAUGUAUAAGUAGGGGCAUAGCGAGCAGAUCGAGGGACGUGAUCGUUUCCCCUCUAUUCGACAUUGGUGAGGCCUCAUCUGGAGUACUGUGUCCAGUUUUGGGCCCCACACUACAAGAAGGAUGUGGAUAAAUUGGAGAGAGUCCAGCGAAGGGCAACAAAAUGAUUAGGGGUCUAGAGCACAUGACUUAUGAGGAGAGGCUGAGGGAGCUGGGAUUGUUUAGUCUGCAGAAGAGAAGAAUGAGGGGGGAUUUGAUAGCUGCUUUCAACUACCUGAAAGGGGGUUCCAAAGAGGAUGGCUCUAGACUGUUCUCAAUGGUAGCAGAUGACAGAACGAGGAGUAAUGGUCUCAAGUUGCAAUGGGGGAGGUUUAGAUUGGAUAUUAGGAAAAACUUUUUCACUAAGAGGGUGGUGAAACACUGGAAUGCGUUACCUAGGGAGGUGGUAGAAUCUCCUUCCUUAGAGGUUUUUAAGGUCAGGCUUGACAAAGCCCUGGCUGGGAUGAUUUAACUGGGACUUAGUCCUGCUUCGAGCAGGGGGUUGGACUAGAUGACCUUCUGGGGUCCCUUCCAACCCUGAUAUUCUAUGAUUCUAUGAU